CUCCCAUUCAUGCAGUGUAUAGCAGUCCCCGCCGAGUCGACAGCCAGGCCGUGUCACAUCCUCGUCCAAACAGUUAGCUCUGUCUAUAACACUGUUAGAAAGGGUUGUGACGCUGUAAGGUAGUAGCCACCAUGGCAGAAGCUCACCAGGCGGUGGCCUUCCAGUUCACCGUUACCCCUGAUGGUAUCGACCUACAGCUGUGCCACGAGGCUCUACGCCAGAUCUACCUCUCUGGUCUCCACUCCUGGAAAAAAAGGUUCAUUCGCUUCAAGAAUGGGGUAAUGACUGGUGUGUACCCGGGCAGCCCUGGUGGCUUCAUGGUAGUGGUUGUGUCCUACAUGUCCUACAAUAAAUAUAAACAGCUGGAUCCCUCUCUGGGGUUGAUUGCCAAGCUGGGUCAACACAUACCCAUCAGUCGAUACAUGUCCACAGACAGCCAGAGGAUAGUUGGAGGAGUUCUGGUGGGCACGGGCCUGUGGGUCACCAUAAUCAUGGUUAUGAGGAAUGUCCUAAAGUGCCUGUUGUCAUGGCAUGGCUGGAUGCAUGCUCCCCAUGGCUCUGUGUCCUGGUCUAUUCGUCUGUGGAUGUUAUUAGUGAAGGUGUUCUCCGGCAGGAAGCCAAUGCUCUACAGUUUCCAGAACUCUUUGCCACGGCUACCUGUUCCCUCUAUCAAGGACACCUGCAGAAGGUACCUGGAGUCAGUGCGCCCACUGAUGGAUGAUGAGAAGUAUGAACGAAUGGAGGGCUUGACUAAAGACUUUGAGAAGAACCUGGGACCCAGAUUGCAGUGGUACCUCAAACUCAAGUCCUGGUGGGCCUCCAACUACGUCAGUGACUGGUGGGAAGAGUAUAUUUACCUCCGAGGCCGUGGGCCCAUCAUGGUAAACAGCAACUAUUAUGCCAUGGAUUUCCUGUAUGUGUUCCCCACCUCCAUCCAGGCUGCCAGGGCAGGCAAUGCAAUCCAUGCUAUCAUGCUCUACAGGAGAAAACUGGACAGAGCCCAGAUCAAACCACUCAUGCUCCAAAACACUAUUCCCAUGUGCUCAGCCCAAUGCGAGCAUAUGUUCAACAGCAGUCGUGUCCCAGGUGUAGACACAGACACGCUUCAGCACAUGAACGACAGCAAACACAUAGCUGUGUACCAUAAGGGCCGUUUCUUCAAAGUGUGGAUGUUUUAUGACGGACGGCUACUGUUGCCACGGGAGAUAGAGCAGCAGAUGCAGAGGAUCUUGAACGACCAGUCUGAGCCAUUGCCAGGAGAGGAGAAGCUGGCCGCACUUACCGCAGGGGAAAGGACACCAUGGGCCAAGGCUCGUGAAACCUACUUCGCCCGUGGUAAGAACAAGCAAUCGCUGGACGCCAUUGAGAAGGCAGCCUUCUGUGUUACCCUUGAUGACACCGAGCAGCGCUACGAUGCAGACAACCCAGUCAAGUCUCUGGACAGCUACGCCAAGUCCCUCCUCCACGGAAAGUGCUACGACAGGUGGUUUGAUAAAACCUUUAACCUGAUAGUUUUCAAGAAUGGCACCAUGGGACUGAACGCAGAGCAUUCCUGGGCAGAUGCUCCAAUCGUUGGCCAUCUGUGGGAGCAUGUUCUUUCCUUGGACCCUAUAAAGUUGGGAUAUACUGAGGAGGGUCACUGCUGUGGGGAGCCUCACCCCAACCUGCCAGGUCCUCUAAAGCUGUCAUGGGACAUCCCUGCUGAGUGCCAGGAGGUCAUCGAGAGCUCUCUGACAGUAGCCAGAGCUCUGGCUGAUGACGUGGACUCUCACAUUUUCCCCUUCAAAGACUUUGGCAAGGGUCUGAUUAAGAAGUGCCGCACCAGUCCUGAUGCCUUCAUCCAGAUCGCCCUACAGCUGGCCCAAUACAGGGACAAAGGCAAGUUCUGCCUGACAUACGAAGCCUCCAUGACACGUUUGUUCCGCGAGGGCCGAACAGAAACUGUGCGCUCCUGCACUAUGGAGACUUGUGCCUUUGUUCGUGCCAUGAUCAGAGACGAGACAAGAGAAGAGCGUCUCAGUUUGCUCAAGGUGGCUGCAGAGAAGCACCAAAACAUGUACCGCAUGGCAAUGACAGGAGACGGCAUCGAUCGCCACCUUUUCUGUCUCUAUGUAGUUUCCAAAUACCUGGGAGAAGACUCACCCUUCCUCAAGGAGGUCCUGUCUGAGCCAUGGAGGCUGUCCACCAGUCAGACGCCUAUGCAGCAGGUUGAACUGUUUGAUCUGGUCAGACACCCUGAGUUUGUGUCCUCCGGAGGUGGAUUUGGUCCAGUGGCUGAUGAUGGCUAUGGUGUCUCCUACAUCAUUGUUGGUGAGAACCUCAUCAACUUCCACAUCUCCAGCAAACACUCAAGCCCAGAAACCGACUCCCAUCGUUUUGGCGGCAACAUCAGACAGGCCAUGCUUGACAUCCUGGAUCUCUUCCAGCUCGACAAGAAAACCAAGUGAUUGCCCUCUCCAUGGGUAUAUUUCACAUAAAAAGUUGUUUUCAGCAAGAAAUGUAUUCUUCCUGAAGUUUGUACAGAAUCGAAUAUUGGACUUUGGGGUAUUUUAGGUUAAUUGUUACAGAAAUUACAGAAAUAAGAAUGAUUGAUAGGAAUUUGUCAAUAUAUUUGUGAGGCGUUAAUGUGUACUGUAUAUUGUAAGCAGGGUGAGAUUCUGGUGUUAUUGGGUACAGGUAGUGCACAGAUCAAAGUUUUUGUUCACAGGACUGUUCGCACGAGUGCCUCAGUGACCCACUUACACAAAAAGAGGACAGAAAGGGAAGAGGAAAAUGAAAGUUCUCGUCUGAUAUAAAGUCUGUAUCACCACACUAAGAGACAUUUCAGCUAAAGGAUUGUUCAGUAGCAUCAUCCAAUAUUUGAAUCACAUUUUAAGUUGAGAGGUGGAGCAAUAUUUGUACUAGUUUUUGUCCCAAUUUUGAAAAUCCUAUGACUUCUUUUACUUUUUUUUUUUAGGUUUCUUUAGGUUUCUUCUGGUCUCUCCAAUUGCAGCUCCUGAGUCGUGUGUAACUAGCCAAAGCAGCAAACGUGAAGUUUAAUACCAUCAACAAAUGGCAUGUUGCAUGGUGCUUAUUCAUUUUAUAUGGCUCGGUCUAAACACUAGGUCUGAUUUGCCAGGCUAAACAAUUGUCUCCAGUAAUCUUUUACCUACGGAAGCCAGAAGGAGUAAAACCGUUGAUCCAUGAUUAUAAGAAUUACAAAAAUUCAGCUUUGAUGUGGAAAGUGACCCUGUAUCAGUGUGGUCCUGGAUACCGACACAGAAGACAGGGAGCUACUUUCUAAUCAAUAGAUCAACAUUGCCUAUCUGACUCAAGUGCACAGGCAGUAUGUUUUAUUUUUUCUUCCUCCAGCUGCUGUGAUUUUAUGAUGUAGGGACAAAGACGGAUCGUUUUGUGUGCGUUUGUCGUUUUCAUACUCAGGUUUUUCUAACUUGGCCUAGUAUUGUAGGGUAUCGGAAAAUUAGCACUUAUGUCGCCGUGUACAUGUGCAACAGUAGAAUAAAUUGAAAUGCAGAACAAUGCCAUGUGAUUCCGAUGAACUGGUUGGGGGCAUAACAUUAAAAGUUUGCAGUGAAAGUAUGGCAGUGCGUGGCCGACAGUGACCUUUCUUAUGUUACUUGUGUUAAAAAAAGAAUGGGUCAACUGUACUUUAACUCUGUUAUGCACUCCAUGACUGGUCCUUUAGUUCAAACUAACCAAUUCCUAGCUACAUUGGUAGCCUUUUGUCAGAUCAAGAUGAAUUGUAAACUUUUUAUGAGAAAAAAAAGUUGUCAAUUACAGGCAUAGAGGUAGUUUAACUGUCAGUAUGAGGUGCCGAAUCGCUUAAUUGGUUGUGAUGUCUCUCCAGUACAGUAGUAAAUAGUUUUUCGCAGAGUAAUGCUUAGGAAGUGCAGAUAUACAGGGGCUGUCACAUAGGAAUCCAUUUCCAAAAUGUAUAUGUUGUCAGUUCAUUAUAUUAUUUAUUUCUUUCUUCAUGUUUUAACCUCUAUUCACAAAACAAACAUGCAUAUUUACCAGCUGAAUGCGGCGAAUGAUGAGCAAAAGGCCUCUUUUUUUCUGAAAUGAUGGUGUCAUCACUUGUUAUCACAGACUUUGCCAGUAUAUUGUAGUUGAAUGACCUCUUAUCUCGGUAGACCUCAUGUUUACACUGCUGCAUGGUUUUUGAAGAUGAAGCUGUAUAUGUUUGCCUUUUAAUUUAAAGAUGGUGUAAAAAGGCAGGCAGCUGAUAUACCAAAAUGAGUUUUAACAAUAAAGUGAAUGUCCGACA